AGUAUGGAACAAGUUAUUGGGAGGCAUAGUCUACACCCGGAUAACCCAGUGAAACUAAACACGGAGAGCAUAAACCAACCAUCUUUCGAGAUGCAGCUCGAGAAUUGUAGAUAUGCAAUGCUGUGCAAGGAAGUUGCAGAAAAGUCCCAUGAAUUGAGGAAACUAAGAGGACAAGAGCUCCAAGGACUUGAUAUAGAAGAAUUAAUGAAACUGGAGAAGUUGCUUGAAGGAAAAUUGAGCCGCGUCCAAAAAAUAAAGGGUGAUAAAGUUUUGAAAGAGAUAGAUGCUCUUAAGAAAAAGGUAGCCCAGUUGAUGGAAGAGAAUGCGCAGUUGAGAAUCUUGAGACAGCAAACCAUGAUCAUAUCUGAUGGUGAAACGAAUGUACUUCCACAAGGCUAUUCACCGCAGUCUAUUCUCGACUACAGUCUCUCAGCUGAUCCUCCUCUGGGCCACUGCGCUUCAGACACUUCCCUCAAGCUGAGCCUACCUUUUCCAAACUGAAUUUAACUAGGUGGUGGAGGAGAUUAUUGGCAAGGAAUAAAUAUUCUCGUUUGGAGUUCGGGGUGGCUGGCCAAGUAUAUAAAUAAAUCGAAGAAUUGAAAUGAGAUUAGAAGAUAAAUUUGAGAACCAGAAGAAUGCAAUUAUCUAGCAGAUGAUUAACUUGCAGGCACAUAUAUUAUCGAUGCAUGAUUUGUUAUGCUAAUAUUUUCUAGACUUUUUCUAUAUGUAAUGUAUGUCUUUAUUUUUGUAAUUAAUCGAUCAUUUAAUUGAGUGUUGACUUGUUUUGUGUGGAAAAUUUCCUCAUAUCCAUUAAAAAAAU